CCCAGAGACGCGGUUGCUGGUAAAAGUACUUACGUACGUUUCAAAUAAAUCCACAUUAAGAAGGCACGUGUAUAUCUAUCUCUUUGAUUAUUGUCAAUAAACCAGAGCAGGAUAUUAUGUCACUGAAAAUUGAAGCUGAAAUUAAAAUCGAUUCCGAGCCCUGUGUAGCUGCUUGGGAUAAGAAAUUGUUCAUUGGUACGGAGGAUGGCUCUAUAAAGUCUUUCGAUCAAGAUCUAAACUUGGUCUCGUCCUGGCCGGCUCAUGCCGUCCAGAUAUUUGCGGUGGCUGCAGGCAAUGGUAGCGUGUACUCUGCAUCCAACGACGGAGGAGUCCGAGUGUGGUCGGCAGACGGACAGAAGAUAGUGGAAUUGACCACAGCAGGGCCUGACGUUGGAGUGCUGCGUGUCUUCGGUAAAGCUGUUUAUGUUGGGGAUGAGGGCGGGAACGUUUUAGUUUUUGAAGAUAACGCUGAAAAAGCAAGAUACAAUGUACUGGAAGAAGUAAAAGACUUGGAGUUCAGUCCGCCAUACAUGUUUACAGUCCGAGAUCUUAAUGUCACGAUUACAGAAAUAAAACCUGAAGAAUCAAAAUCUCGGUUUGUCACACGCCACACAAUGGAGGGAAGAGCACCGCUGCAAAUGGCUGGCAAGCGCCUCUUGUGCACCGCGCGAGGUGGGAACAACUUGCGGCUUCAUGACGCUUCCGUUGACUCCUCAUUUAAACUGCUGCAUGAUGUGAAGGUAAGCGAUAUGAUACUGACCAGUUUAGUAGUAAAUGGAGACUACGCUUGGACGGGCGGUUGGGACGGGUGCGUACGUCGAUGGAAGAUAGCCGAAGAUCGGUUGGAAGCGGCUGGGGAAGUUAAUCUAGGCGCAUGUGUCAAUGCACUACAGAGUACAGAUGCUAAUAGAGCGUAUGCGGUAUUGGCUGGAGGAAGAAUUGUUUACUUAAAAGUUUUAUAAUUUUUCAUUAUUUAUUAAUGAGUUGUUGCCCGCUACAUUUACGGUUAUAUAUACAUUUACAUUAUGUACCUAAGUAAGUUAUGUAAGUUAAUAACAAUUGGAAAUAUGUAUAGUCUCUACCUUUCUUUAAUGAAGUUGAAAUGUGAUUUGUUAAUAAAAUGAACAUGUAUAUUUGUAUGUAGUAUUUUAUGUAUUAAAAUGAUGAUUAUUUGCAUUUGUACACUGCUAGAUAGCAUAAGUGACAUACAUAUAAUAAAACAUUAUAAAACUGUAA